AUGUCGGUUUCGUCUGAGGGGACUGGCUCGGCGAGGGUGAGGAAGGCGUCCAUCGCGAUCCGUGGAGGCGAGGAUGACCUUGUAAUGAAGGCCGGUGUCAAGGCACAGGCGUCCGAAAUCCAAAUUCAGCGCGAUGUAACCGACAGCGGGCCGAUAUGCCCAUACUCGUGUCCCUUGCUCAAUUCGCCAGGUUCCACCUUGCUGUGGUAUUGGUCUCGGAUCCCAACGUAUCCGAUUGACUUUUGGGGAAUACGGGAUGAUGGCUACACUGUCGGGUGGGCCAGCUCGGGUUUGAUUUGCGAUGUACAUAGCCCGUAUCAUGUGUUUGAAAUCAAGGGCUUUCCAGCGUCUCUCGCUCAUCAUGGCAGGUGUUUAAUCGCGAAGAAGAAUGAAUUCACUGAAUGGGUGAGAAAGCGCUCAUGCAAUCGUGCACGAAGAGCUGGUGCUGCCGCCUCCCGUGUCAAAGUUGACAGGGACCUGCUCGGUCUCCUCAGCAGGGACGGGGUUCGCGAUGACGAAGAAGGCGUCCAUUGCCGAUGGCGAGGAUGGUGUGCAAUAGUGCAGCGGCUGGUCGCCAAAGACGUCGUCGCGUGGAGGUGGGCAAGACAAUUGGGAAUGCUAGCACUCGCGCUGCUCUCGCCUAGAAUCCGGGAACCGAAGCAGUGUGCGCGCUACUGGGCGGAGGAUCUUGAGAUACCGCCUCGAAUAGAUCUAUCGGGGAGUGCCGUCCCGGAACCACGGUAUCCGGAAGCAUCGUUCCUGGCAUGGCAAAAUCGAAAUCAAUCCUUCACCGACAGUGGGCGCAACGUCGCGCAGUCCUCCUUCAAUGUCGCGCGUCGCGCGUCGCACUGA